UCCCCGCUGAGAUCGUUACUGUUUUCAGCUUCCACCGCCGCCGCAAUGUCGGUCCUGACCACCAAGAAGGAGUCCGAACUUUCCGGCCAGAUCGAAGACUUCGUGAUGCUUCUGAAAAGAGGCGGAAAGUUGCCGCGUUCAGGGGAGGUGGCCCGACGGACGGUGGGGCUGCUGCGGAAGAUCGUGGCGAACGGGCGCUGGGACAAUGCUGGUGAGGAAGCGGGGAGAGUUAAUGAACUUGAUUCGUAAGGAAGGUAAGAGAAUGAGUGCAGCCCAACCAUCUGAGACCACUGUAGGUAACAUGGUGAGACGAGUGUUGAAGAUAAUUCGUGAAGAAUACAGCAGGCUCCGAGGACGUAGUGAAGAGAGUGACCAGCAAGAAUCUCUCCACAAACUUCUGACCUCAGGAGGUCUCAGUGAAGAUUUCAAGAUCUGCUAUCAGCCACUAAGGGCCAAUAUUAUUGAUGCUAUUAGAGAGCUGUUACUUGAACUCGAGAGCACUACUGAAAAUAUUUCCACCCAGGCUUUGGAACACAUCCACUCCAAUGAAGUGAUUAUGACUAUUGGUUAUUCACGCACAGUGGAGGCUUUUCUGAAAGAGGCAGCACGUAAAAGGAAAUUCCAUGUCAUUGUGGCUGAAUGUGCACCCUUUUGCCAGGGCCAUGAAAUGGCUGUCAGUUUGUCUAAAGAGAAUAUAGAAACCACGGUCAUGAGUGAUGCAGCCAUCUUUGCUGUUAUGUCUCGAGUCAACAAGGUUAUCAUCGGAACAAAAACCAUUUUGGCCAAUGGCGCAUUAAUAGCUGUCAGUGGAACUCAUACUCUGGCGCUAGCAGCCAAACACCAUUCUACUCCUCUCAUUGUCUGUGCACCCAUGUUCAAACUCACACCACAGUUUCUUAAUGAAGAGGAUUCAUUCCACAAGUUUGUCUCUCCACAGGAAGUACUGCCUUUUACAGAAGGAGAGAUUCUAUCAAAGGUCAAUGUUUACUGUCCAGUUUUUGACUACGUUCCUCCAGAACUUAUUACACUCUUCAUCUCAAACAUUGGAGGCAACGCUCCUUCUUAUAUCUAUCGUCUUAUGAGCGAACUUUAUCAUCCAGAUGAUCGUGAACUUUGAAACUUUGCACUAUGGGCUUAAUUUAUUCCAGAAUAAAUGGGUGAUAUAACAAAUACCAAUAUUUUCAUUGGGGAAAUAAAUAAACUACAAAAAAUGAAA